AUGCGCUCACCACCCACCUAUGGAGAGAUCUGUGACAUCGCCAACAGAGCCGUCACGAUAUUCACCGAGUGCGGGUAUCAGUGCUGCCUCUUCGGUAGCACAGCCUGCGCGUUGUACGGAGUGACGAGAUGCCCAAAUGACGUGGACCUAGUCGUGCUCGCCACGCCGAACACCAGCACGGAGUACCUGAAGCAGCUCCUGGUGAACGAGCCCAACGACUUCUACCUCGUGCCCUCGAAGAAGCGCGACGCGAAUUACAAGGUGCUCUGGUACAGGCUGCCACCCGGCGCGCGUGGCAAGAAGCGCAAAUGCAAGGUCGACGUCCUCGUCCCCGGGAUGCUCAACAUCCCCGCCGUCCCCAGCGCGCAGGUCGCGUACGCACGCCACCUGCCCGUCAUGCCGCUGCUCCCGCUGCUCCUGCUGAAGCUCCAGGGAUGGACGGACCACCGCGACUCGGACCGGCGGGACUUCCGGCGGAAACAGCAUGUCGACGUGGAGGACGUCAAGGAGCUGCUGUCGUUCGCCUGCGAUCUGCGCGUGCGUAUCGGCAGUCGUGAGCUCGGGUGGUUGCCUGCGGACUUCGUGGAGGCCGCUCAGAACCGGAUCCAUGAGUUUGUGGGGGAGUUCCCAGAGUCGGUUUUGCGAUGGAGGUCUCUUGGCUUCGAGGCCUUCUGA